UUCGCCGGGUGGAGCUUAUGAACGUGGGAACGUCUGUGCUGCUGCUGGUUGCCGUGGAGUGAAAAUUGUUUCAGGGGAGGUGAUGAGACCUGUGCGCGGGGAUUGAUUAAGAGAAGUUAGUUGAUAGUGUGUCGGCGGCAGUUUCUGAAUCACCCGGGAGGCAGACUUGAGAGCGACAAAUGAUUUGCAUGAGUCUCAGCAACAGGGCACAGAGCGAAAUGUCAGGGACUGUUUCAGCCCUGAGCAGAGGGACGCGCGACUAGUACACCGCAACGCGGAAAAUAUUCAAGGGGGGAGAGAAUGCGAAUGGUGGGAAGAUACCGAAAUCAAACAAAAUGGAAACGAUGUAGCGUCGCUGCGGCAUUUCAUAUAGCUAGAACUAACGUUAGAGUAGAGACUAGAUAGCUAAGGAGCUAGCAGGUUAACUAACAUACAUGUAAAGUUAUUCCCCGGAGAAGCUGAAAAGGAGCCCGGAGGCGUCUGUUGAAUCAGAAGAGUUCAUCAGUACUGCGAAAUCCAAGAAGAUAAACUAGAAGAUGCUACGGAGAAGAAUUAACCGUUUGCUUGGCGGUGAUGAGAGAAGAGUAGACAGUAGGACUAUCUAUAUUGGUCAUCGGCAGUGUUCUGCCAGUGAAGCUUUCAUCCCACCCAAGUUCUGUGAUAACAGGAUUGUGUCCUCCAAGUAUACAGUGUGGAACUUUCUACCAAAGAACCUGUUUGAGCAGUUUAGAAGAAUUGCCAAUUUCUACUUCCUUAUCAUCUUCCUGGUGCAGGUGAUAGUGGACACCCCCACCAGCCCAGUCACCAGUGGCCUACCCUUAUUUUUUGUGAUUACAGUGACCGCUAUCAAGCAGGGCUAUGAGGACUGGCUACGGCACAAGGCUGACAAUGAGGUGAAUAAGCACCAAGUGACAGUGCUAGAGGACAGCCGGAGGAUACAGAAGGAGAGUGAGAAGAUCAAGGUUGGAGAUGUUGUGGAGGUAGAGGAAGAUGGGACCUUUCCCUGUGAUUUAAUACUGCUGAAAUCUAGCCGAGAUGACGAUACAUGUUUCGUUACCACAGCAAGUCUGGAUGGAGAGUCCAACCAUAAGACACACUACACAGUGCCAGACACAGAGAAGGAUCUGGAAUCUCUCAAUGCCACCAUCGAGUGUGAACAGCCACAGCCUGACCUUUACAAGUUCGUCGGUCGUAUGCACAUCUACAAAAGCAAUCAGGAGCCUGCAGUGAGGUCUUUAGGCCCAGAAAACCUACUGUUGAAAGGGGCAACUUUAAAGAACACUAAGAAAAUUUGUGGUGUUGCUGUUUACACUGGCAUGGAGACAAAAAUGGCUCUCAACUACCAGGGCAAGUCUCAGAAACGCUCUGCUGUGGAGAAGUCCAUCAAUGCCUUCCUUCUGGUUUACCUUUGUAUAUUGGUGAGCAAGGCCCUAGUGUGCACUAUACUGAAGUAUGUAUGGCAGAGCAAGCCUGGGCAGGAUGAGCCUUGGUACAAUGAGAAGACGAAAAGAGAGAAGGAAACCAAUCUGUAUCUAAAGAUGUUCACUGACUUCCUGUCCUUCAUGGUGCUCUUCAACUUCAUCAUUCCGGUGUCCAUGUACGUGACGGUUGAGAUGCAGAAGUUUUUGGGAUCCUUUUUCAUCGCCUGGGACAAGGAUUUUUUUGACCCUGAAAUCCAGGAAGGGGCACUGGUCAACACCUCAGACCUCAAUGAGGAGCUGGGACAGGUGGAGUAUGUCUUCACAGACAAGACGGGCACCCUUACUCAGAACAACAUGGAGUUCAUAGAGUGCUGUAUCGACGGCUUCCAGUACAAGUACAGGGACACAAGCUCAGAGUUGGAUGUGUUCUGUGUCACAGAUGGACCUGUGAGCAAACUACAGCAGAAAGCUGGCAAGGAGAAGGAAGAGCUGUUUCUACGUGCCCUGUGUCUGUGCCACACAGUUCAGGUGAAGGAGUCUACAGAGCAAGAUCAGGUCCAAGGGGACGGACUGAUGGACCAGGUGGAUGGCUUAGGGGUGGAUGGAGAUAUGCUCCAUGAACCACUGAAGCAGAGAGGGUUUAUAGCCUCUUCACCUGAUGAGGUUGCUCUGGUCAAGGGUGCCAUGAGGUAUGGCUUCACAUUUCUGGGUCUUGAAAGUAAAACCAUGAAAAUUCUGAACAGGAACAACGAUGUUGAAAUGUAUGACCUGCUUCACGUGUUGAACUUUGACCCAGUGAGAAGGCGAAUGAGUGUAAUCGUCAGAUCCAAAUUAGGUGAUACACUGCUCUUCUGUAAGGGAGCAGACUCUUCCAUCUUUCCCCGUGUGAGACAGGAGGAGGUCGAAAGGAUACGUAUGCACGUGGAGCGUAAUGCAACAGAGGGCUACAGGACGUUGUGUGUGGCCUAUAAACAUCUCAGUGCAGAGGAGUAUGCCCAGGCAGAUGCAGGACUGAGGGAAGCUAGACUGGCUCUGCAGGACAGAGAGGAGAAACUCAUGGCUAUUUACAAUCAGGUGGAGACCGGCAUGAGUCUAAUAGGAGCUACCGCUGUAGAAGAUCGGCUUCAAGACGAGGCGGCAGAGACCAUGGAGGCUCUGCAAGGGGCAGGAAUUAAGAUUUGGGUCCUAACAGGGGACAAGAUGGAGACAGCAAAGUCCACCUGUUAUGCUUGUAGAUUAUUUCAGAGGGGCACAGAGCUGUUGGAGCUAACUGUUCGCACUCUGGAAGAUGGAGGGAAGAGGCGUGAGGAACGACUGCACGAGCUCUUGCUUGAAUACCACAAGAAAGCUGUGCAGGAUGCACCACCAGUCAAGACUGGCGUCACCAGGACCUGGUCUUCGGCCAACCAAGACUAUGGUUUUAUUAUAGAUGGUGCCACUCUGUCGAUGGUGCUCAACUCCUCCUCUGAAUCCAAUUCCAGUCGCUACAAGAAUCUGUUCCUGCAGAUUUGUCAAAACUGCACAUCGGUGCUGUGCUGCCGUAUGGCUCCUCUGCAAAAGGCACAGAUAGUAAAAAUGGUGAAGAACUCUAAAGGCAGCCCAAUCACCCUUUCCAUUGGAGAUGGUGCCAAUGAUGUCAGUAUGAUUUUGGAAGCUCAUGUUGGCAUUGGUAUUAAGGGUAAAGAGGGGCGGCAGGCGGUGAGGAACAGUGAUUAUGCCAUCCCCAAACUCAAGCAUCUCAAGAAACUUUUGUUGGCACAUGGGCAUCUCUACUAUGUUCGCAUUGCUCACCUUGUGCAAUAUUUCUUUUACAAGAACCUCUGCUUCAUCUUACCUCAGUUUUUGUACCAGUUCUUCUGCGGCUAUUCUCAGCAACCCCUGUAUGACGCGGCCUAUCUGACGAUGUACAACAUCUGCUUCACCUCUAUGCCCAUCCUGGCUUACAGCCUUUUUGAACAGCACAUCUGCAUUGAGGUUCUGCUGGACAAUGCUACCCUCUACAGAGAGAUUGCUAAGAACGCCAUGUUGCGAUGGGGACCCUUCCUUUACUGGACUUUACUAGGAGUCUUCCAUGGCUUGGUCUUCUUCUUUGGUGUUCGAUUUUUGUUCAGUAACCCAGCACUGCAGGAUAAUGGCCAGGUUUUUGGAAACUGGUCAUAUGGAACGAUUGUCUUCACUGUCCUUGUCUUUACUGUCACACUAAAGCUCGCGCUGGACACACGGCACUGGACAUGGAUCAACCACUUUGUAAUCUGGGGCUCCCUGGCCUUCUAUGUGUUCUUCAGCUUCUUCUGGGGAGGAAUAAUAUGGCCUUUCCUGAGGCAGCAGCGUUUGUACUUUGUGUUUGCCAACAUGCUGAGUUCAGUGUCAGCCUGGCUGGUCAUCAUCUUGCUCAUCCUGCUCAGCCUACUGCCAGAGAUCCUGCUUGUGGUGUUCCGCAAGCCCCGCGGCCCCCACGCUCGACAGCUGUCAGAGGGCGGCCUCCUACAAACAUCCAGAUCGCAGCUGUCACACCACUAUCCUACAAGCACCUGAAGGAGCGCGAGUGAAAGGCAGCAAGGACUCACAAACAACAGUGGCAUCAGCCACAUUCAGGGUCCCAUGCCCAUCAGGUCAGAGCUGUCUGCCAUCAUGCCUGAUCUAAAUCAAGGAGGUGAUGAAGAAGAAGAGGAGGAGAGAAAAAAAAAUCAGAAGAAAAAGAGAGAUUUGCUGACUGGGGCGAAGGCAUAAAAAUGUGUCUCUCUGCUCUGUUCGUCUCUGCCCAAACCCCCCAACCCCCCCCCCCCCCCUCCCCACGCAUGCCUGCAGAGCAGUGCCCUGCAUUAUUCUUAAAAAUAUCUACUCAGAUGACAGGCAUGAGUUUUCUUUCUUUUACUUCUUUUUUUAAAAAAAUACUAGCUUACAGAUGAAUGCAUACACGGCUGCCUUGUCAGUAGCUCUAUUCAACUGCUGUGUUUUAACAAGCGGUUGUAAUAUCCACUCCAAGAAUUGUUCACCUGCAUGAAAGAAGGCUCAAAAGAAUGCUUCACUCCACUGAUGUUCAGUCACUGUAUUCAGCAACGUUUUUUAAUAAGACAUGAUAAACCCAUUCUCAACGGUUAUUCUACUUUACAGUUAUUACGCUUUCCAACGGUUAUUCUUUUAAAUGAUUAUCAUACAUUCACUCGUUCACAGGUCCAAAUUUUAUAAGAUGAAAAGUUACUGAACGUGACAUCAGUUCAACUCAGUGCAGCAAACUGAGUGUUGGAACGGUUCUCUGGUUUCUAGUUGAUUUGUUGUUUUUCAUUGAUUCUGAAAUCUCUAUUGAAUACUAAUUUAGGAGAGAAGUAAAGUGGGGCCAUAUCGCCGCUCGAUCCCAAAAGAGUGUAUACGUAUGUAAGAAUGAGAAAUAGAUUAGAGAUGUAAAGGAUAUUCUGGCAAUGCUUUGAGCAUGACCUAAAUCUUCCAGCCUCAGAGAUAAUUUAAGAGAGUCCAAUUAAGAUGAGAAAAUUAAUAUAUGUGCUGUACUGUAUAUAGCUUAGAGAUGUAUAACAGCAUCUGCUCAAAGCCAAAAAAGAUGAAGUCUGAAACAGACACGUAACGCGAUCCGAUACCGUCCACACAAGUGUGACCUGCAAGUGACAAGUCGGUGUGUGUGUGUGUCUGCGUGUUACAUAAUUGAGUGCAACUUUGCUGGAUGAGAAUAGUCAGAAAUGCCUGUUUUUUUUGUGUGUGUGUGUGUGUGUGAUGAAAAACCAGGAUUACUUGAGCCUUGUUGAUGUAGUACGGUUAGAUAUAUCCUGCACUAUUGAGGAAACUGGUUUGUUCAUUGCGUAGAUGGUCACUAAGGCACAAGAACGUACGAAAGAUACACACACAGACAUGCACGUAUCGGAUAGACGAGAGCGAGAAACACACAUUAACAACACACAUUGUAUACAAAUAAAUGCGCACAUGCACUAAAGCCUAAAAUGAGGUAUUUAUGUUCAUUACACAUUAUCUAGUUUGCAUCAUUUGUUUCAGUCAGGCUGAAGUUGGAAAGUAAAGAAAUCCAACUCCAGACCUGCAGAGUCAACAUAGUUAAUGCCACUGAGGCUUUACCCUCCAUCUCCUUCCUUCUGUUUUUCAGUCAAAUCUGCUGACCAACAGGAUGAUAGAGUGAACUGUUUGGCCUUUUGUUCUUUCCUUUAACUUCUUAUGUGUAGUGCUUCAUACAUUCCAUUUAAACAUGCAAUGAUUUCAAACACUUUUAGAUACUCUUUGGAAUAUUUUUUCCUUUUCUUUUGUUUUUUUGUUUUUUUCCCACAAACAAGUAUUGUCUGUUUGGCAUAUUUAUUGUUAAGUGUGAUUUUAUUCACAAAUGUUAUAUUUUUAUUACAUAAAUCUUUUUUAUUGUGGAGAGUGGUCAGCUUUGUGCCAGUUGAGUUAGCCUGUGUUAUUACUCCAGCCCUGAUAUGAGCCUGUGCCAAUCCCAUUUGAUAGUCUUUGUCAUAUGUGCAAAGACAGGCAGCCCCCCCACCACCACACUCCAACCCCCCCCCUAAAAUGAACCUCUGAAGCAGUGCUGCUCCUUUUGCCAUCAUAGUUCUGGGUGAUUUAACUUGUGGUUUAAACCAGCGAGUACCAGUCACUAAUCAGUUACAUCUAACUGUU